AUGAUUGUUUUGAGUUGGAACUGUCGGGGGCUUGGGAACCCCCGACCAGUUCGUAUUCUCCACCGCUUGGUGGGAGCAAAGAAACCCAGCCUGGUUUUCUUGAUGGAAACUAAGCUUAGACGGAAUAAAAUGGAGGCUAUAAAAACAAGACUUGGGUUUGAGGGGCUGUUCGUAGUGGACUGUCACGGACGCAGUGGAGGUUUAGCCCUUCUAUGGAAAAAAGAGGUUCAUGUGACAAUACAAAAUUACAGCAGAGGCCAUAUAUGUGCAGUAAUUCAAUCUGGGAAGGUAGGGAAGGAAUGGAAAUUCUCGGGCUUCUAUGGGAACCCGGAUGUGGCUAAAAGGCCGGACUCAUGGGCAUUACUCAGACACCUUUCACGCCUGGCUCCUGAGCCAUGGCUCUGUGUUGGUGAUUUCAAUGAAAUCACCAAUGCAGCAGAGAAGACUAGCUCUACUAUACGGCCUCCCAGCCAAAUGAAAGCUUUCAAGCAGGCUUUGGAUGAUAGUCAUUUAGCUGACUUAGGCUUCUCUGGCCCUAAGUUCACAUGGUGCAAUGGGAGAAGUGGCAGUUCUUAUAACAGGGAGAGGCUGGAUAGGGCAGUGGCGAACAUGAAAUGGACUGAAAUUUUUGACGUUGUGGGAGUUAGUGUUCUGCAACGGGGCAUUUCGGAUCACCACCCCAUUGCAGUGGAAUUCUCCAAAAGCAGAGAUAUAUGUUGGAACAAAAGUCGGUUCUUCAAAUACGAGGCCAGUUGGACAAAACAGAAGGAGCAUAAGGAAAUUAUCAGAAAAGUAUGGAGGGUAAAACAGAGAGAUCAAGACCCGUGGAGCACUUUUCACAAAAAGCUUAGCAGUUGCAGAAGCUCAUUGAAACAAUGGCCUCUCUCGAAGAUGAACUGCACAACCUGCUAG